GGACCGGCCGCUCCAUGGAGCCCUCCAGAGCGCUUCUCGGCGGCCUGGCCGCCGCCCCGCCGGGGGAAGCCGGCUCGGGGGCCGCGGCCGAGGACGAGGAAGAGGAGGAGGAGGCGGCUGCGGCCCCCGGGGAGCUGGGCUGCGCGGCGCCGCUGCCCUACUGGACUGCCGUGUUCGAGUACGAGGCGGCGGGCGAGGACGAGCUGACCCUGCGCCUGGGCGACGUAGUGGAGGUGCUGUCCAAGGACUCGCAGGUGUCCGGCGACGAGGGCUGGUGGACCGGGCAGCUCAACCAGCGGGUGGGCAUCUUCCCCAGCAACUAUGUGACCCCGCGCAGCGCCUUCUCCAGCCGCUGCCAGCCGGGCGCCGAGGACCCCAGUCGCUACCCGCCCAUCCAGUUGUUAGAAAUUGAUUUUGCGGAGCUAACCCUGGAGGAGAUUAUUGGCAUUGGGGGCUUCGGAAAGGUCUACCGUGCUUUCUGGGUAGGGGAUGAGGUUGCGGUGAAAGCAGCGCGCUAUGACCCUGACGAGGACAUCAGCCAGACCAUCGAGAAUGUUCGCCAAGAAGCCAAACUCUUUGCCAUGUUGAAGCACCCCAACAUCAUUGCCCUUAGAGGCGUUUGUCUGAAGGAACCCAACCUCUGCUUGGUCAUGGAGUUUGCCCGUGGAGGGCCUUUGAAUAGAGUGUUAUCUGGGAAAAGGAUCCCUCCAGACAUUCUGGUGAACUGGGCCGUGCAGAUUGCCAGGGGGAUGAACUACCUGCACGAUGAGGCCAUCGUUCCCAUCAUCCACCGCGACCUGAAGUCCAGCAACAUAUUGAUCCUGCAGAAGGUGGAGAAUGGAGACCUGAGCAACAAGAUUCUGAAGAUCACUGAUUUUGGCCUGGCUCGGGAAUGGCACCGAACCACCAAGAUGAGCGCUGCAGGGACCUAUGCUUGGAUGGCCCCUGAAGUCAUCCGUGCCUCCAUGUUUUCCAAAGGCAGUGAUGUGUGGAGCUAUGGGGUGCUGCUUUGGGAGCUGCUGACUGGGGAGGUGCCCUUCCGAGGCAUUGAUGGCUUAGCGGUGGCUUAUGGAGUGGCCAUGAACAAACUUGCCCUUCCUAUUCCUUCUACAUGCCCAGAACCUUUUGCCAAGCUUAUGGAAGACUGCUGGAAUCCCGACCCCCACUUACGGCCAUCUUUCACGAGUAUCCUGGACCAGCUAACUACCAUAGAGGAGUCUGGUUUCUUUGAAAUGCCCAAGGACUCCUUCCACUGCCUACAGGAUGACUGGAAGCAUGAGAUUCAAGAGAUGUUUGACCAACUCAGGGCCAAAGAAAAGGAGCUCCGCACCUGGGAGGAGGAGCUGACCCGGGCUGCACUCCAGCAGAAGAACCAGGAGGAGCUGCUGCGGCGCCGGGAGCAGGAGCUGGCCGAGCGCGAGAUUGAUAUCCUGGAGCGGGAGCUCAACGUCAUCAUCCACCAGCUGUGCCAGGAGAAGCCCAGGGUGAAGAAACGCAAGGGCAAGUUCCGGAAGGGCCGGCUGAAGCUCAGAGAUGGCAACCGCAUCAGCCUCCCCUCUGAUUUCCAGCACAAGUUCACGGUGCAGGCCUCCCCCACCGUGGAUAAAAGGAAGAGUCUUAGCAGCAGCCACUCCAGCCCCCCUGCAAGUCCCACCAUCAUUCCUCGUCUUCGAGCCAUCCAGUUGACACCAGGUGAAAGCAGCAAAACCUGGGGCCGGAGCUCAGUGGUCCCGAAAGAGGAAGGAGAGGAGGAGGAGGAGGAGAAGAGGGUCCCAAAGAAGAAGGGCCGGACCUGGGGGCCUGGGACUCUUGGGCAGAAGGAGCUCCCCUCAGGAGAUGAAGGCCUCAAGUCUCUGGUCGAUGGCUACAGACAGUGGUCAUCCAGCGCCCCCAACCUGGGGAAGGGCCCGAGGGGCAGCCCAGCCCUGCCAGGGUUCACCAGCCUUACAGAGAUGGAGGAUGAGGACAGCGAAGGCCCAAAGAGUGGAGAGAAUCGUCUACAGCACUCACCCAACCAGUCCUACCUCUGCAUCCCGUUUCCUCGCGGGGAGGAUGGGGACGGCCCCCCAGGUGAUGGGGUCCAGGAGGAUCCCACCCCAGUCAACUCAGCCACCAGUACCCCUCAGCUGACACCUACCAACAGCCUCAAGCGCAGCGGUACCCAUCACCGCCGCUGUGAGGUGGCUCUGCUCGGCUGCGGGGCUGUCCUGGCAGCCACAGGCCUUGGCUUUGACUUGCUGGAAGCUGGCAGGUGCCCUGUGGUUCCCCCAGAGGAGCCUGAGCCAGCAGUCCGGGAGGAGAAGAAGAGGCGCGAGGGUCUCUUUCAGAGGGCCAGCCGUCCUCGCCGGAGCACCAGCCCGCCCUCCCGCAAGCUCUUCAAGAAGGAAGAGCCUGUACUCUUGCUGGGAGACCCCCCUGCCUCCCUGACACUGCUCUCUCUCUCCUCCAUCUCUGAGUGCAACUCCACACGCUCGCUGCUGCGCUCAGACAGUGAUGAGAUUGUGGUAUAUGAGAUGCCAGUCAGCCCCGCGGAGGCCCCGCUGCGGACUCCUUGCACCCAUAACCCCCUGGUCAAUGUCCGGGUGGAGCGCUUCAAGCGAGACCCCAACCAGUCCCUGACUCCCACCCACGUCACCCUCACUGCCCCCACACAACCAAGUGGCCAUCGUCGGACUCCUUCUGAUGGGGCCCUGAAGCCAGCAGCUCUGCUGGCCAGCAGGAGCCCCUCCAGCAACGGGGUGAGCCCCGGCCAUGGAGCAGGAAUGUUGAAAACCCCCAGUCCCAGCCGAGACCCAGGUGAAUUUCCCCGUCUCCCUGACCCCAACGUGGUCUUUCCCCCAACACCCAGGCGCUGGAGCGCCCAGCAGGACUCUGCCUUGGAGAGGCCCAAGACUCUGGAGUUUCUGCCUCGGCCGCGUCCUUCUGCCAACCGGCAGCGGCUCGACCCCUGGUGGUUUGUGUCCCCCAGCCAUGCCCGCAGCGCCUCCCCAGCCAACAGCUCCAGCACGGAGACACCCAGCAACCUGGACUCCUGCUUCGCCAGCAGCAGCAGCACUGUGGAGGAGCGGCCUGGACUCCCAGCCCUGCUCCCCUUGCAGGCGGGGCCGCCGCCCCCUGCUGAGCGGACGCUGCUGGACCUGGAUGCCGAGGGGCAGAGUCAGGACAGCACUGUGCCGCUGUGCAGAGCUGAGCUGCAUGCACACAGGCCUACCCCAUAUGAGAUCCAGCAGGAGUUCUGACCUUAGUGUGAAAAGGGUUGGGGGCAAGGGGCAGGAGGCGGAGGGAGCUGGCUGGCACAGCCCUUCCCAGGUCGGGCCCUGGGAUCCAGCCCUACUUCUUGCACUGAUAAUGCACUUUGAAGACAGAAGGGGUGGAAGCAGGGCCACGUCAGAGGUUUCUGCCCAUGGAGCCUUUUUCCCUGUGCCCACUGGAGGAGCUGUGGCUGUCAGCUCUGGCUGUGUAGGGGAGGCGGGUGUGUGCAUGUCCCCACCCUCCAGAGUCUUCCUCGCCUUUAGGGUGACACCACAGGGUCACUUGGCCAAAUCUAUCUGCUGCUCCUUCUCAGCCAGCGGGCUGUGCCCGGAGCUGUCCCUGGGACCAAGCUGCCCACAUGCCAGUGUUGGGAGUUCUAGGGCUGAUUCUACUGCUCCUACCCCCAACACUCGUGAGUCCAAAUCUUGUUUGCUGUAGGACAAGUCUGGAGUCCCUUUGUGUCAGCUGGAAGAUUGAAGGCAAGGUGGCUACUUUGGGGCCUCUUGUGGAUGGGCUUGUUACUGGUGACGUAUAGUCCAGAUGCCCUGCCUAUGUAUUUGCACCCACAGGUGAUAAGGGGAACUGGUAUGGUGAGAACUGAGGAGAGGGGCAAAGUUAGGAAAAAUAGGUUGUGAGGAAGGGCGUGCUGGAGUCUCUGCAUCCCUCCAUCCCAUUUGAAAAGCUCCAUGAAGGGUAGAAACCAGCACUUAUCAAAGGCCCCCAUUCCCCCUGGGGUUGGACCGCUGUCUUGCUAGGCUCUCACACAAAUGUAUUCCUCCAGGAACGGCUCCGUGGGAAGACACACUCACUGCUGCCGGUUUGGUGUUUGUCUGUCUUGCUGUUGGGUCUUUGUGUGUUUUCCUCUCCCUCUGGAGUCAGUUGGCAGAUGUCUCCGCAUAGCACAGGGGAGGGGUGUCUGGGCCGUGGGUGUUGGAGUUGUGGGGAUUCCUUCUCAGCCGGGUUCCACCCAGCCUGCACCGUGACACCUUAAGUAUCAUGGUGCCGUUGGUUCUCCUUCUGCAAGUGGGCAGCAGGAUAGUGACACUGUUUCUGAGGUGCUUGGUGAGCCACAGACACGCAGCAGCUGCUGAGUUCUGAGCCUGGAGCUGCAUGUGCACCGCAGCCCGGCACCAGGCUGUACACCACGUGCUGGGUUGGAGUGACAUCAAGGCCAUCCCUGAAUGGCCUGCUGUUUCUUUCUUGAAUUUGAAUGUUGAGCCUUGUCUAAAGCUUUCUCAUGUUUUUCUUCGCUUUCCACUAGUCUGAGGCCUCACCUGUUGUGUGUGAGCUGUGGUGUGUGUGUGGCAGUAAUCAUCCACUGGGGUACAGCUCCCAGCCGUGCCUGUCUUCCCCUGAGACUGUGAAUGCUUUGUGCUGCCUUCAGUCAUGGAGCAUUCUCUGGUGUCCUUGGAGGGCAGUGUGCAGGUUCCCUGCCCUGGCUACUGGGAUGCCAGGGUAGGGGCAGUGGUGCCACUGCAGAAGUGACAGCUUUGGUCACUGCUUGUGCUCAGUUACUAUGAGAUACCCUUCUCUGGGAGGAUGCAGAGGUCACCUUGGUCUUGACAUCAUUCUUGUUGAAUGACUCCGUGUGCUUCCUCCCCUACCAGUAUUGGCCA